GGCAUUAAUAUGUGUAUUGGAACUCUCAGAAAAUCUUUCAAAUUUCAAAAGCUCCAAGGAAAGGCGGGAUUCUCUCUCCUUUAUUAGUACAAAAUCUCAUCAUCGGGAGACGCAAACACAUCUGUGGCGAUGGCGGAAAACACGACCAGCACUAGAAGAAAGCCUCAGAGCUUGAACGAUCGUCACUAUCGUCUCCUCCAGGAUCUCUCUGCGCCUCCUAAACACGCCCCCUCUUCUUCUUCCACCCAUGAAGAAGAUGAAGGAACGAAGAUAAAGCUCGCGGGACGGCGUCGUUUAUGCAAGGCCUCGGUGAAGGAAGAUGUAUCGGAUGAAGAUGAUGAUCCUGAUUUGGCUGAUUUCGAUUCCCCAGGUAAAGGAGAUACACCACUGGAGAGAGCUGAAACUGGGAACAAGUUCACAUCUUGGGAUGAGGAAUCGAAGGAAGCUAAAACAGAGGUGGGUGAGGCGCCUAGCUUUUCGAUGAUCACAGACUUUGGUUCACCUUCACCUCAUCUUGAGCAAAGGCAAGGUGGUGGAGGACAGAACGAGAUUAUGGAUAUUUUGGAUGAUUUGACCUCUAAGCUCGGGACUAUGUCUAUUAAGAAGAAAAAAGAUAUCCAAAGCAGUGACUUUGAGAGUGUUAAACCCUCAUUUUCCUUGAUAUCGGAUCUAUCCGAGUCAUCCUCGUCAGAUGUCGUUACCACAACUAAAGCUGGUGCUGAUAGUCUCGGUGACAGGCAAGGGAAUGUUGGUUUUGCCAUCCGGGAAGAGAAAGCUAGUAAUGCCUUUGCAGGCGAAAGUGGGGAAAGAGUUUCAAACGUUGGAAAGCAGCAACCUUUUUCUGGUCAGCAGCACUAUGUUGAUAAGUCUGAAGGGUAUAAACAGGAAUACUAUCUCGACCGUGGGAAGGGCAAACUCGAAGAAGUUGACCGAAGUCUGAAGACGGCUAGACAUGUAGAGCUCAGUGAGAAGCUAAGAUCAGUGGGAAGGUCGAAUGUUGCUAGGCUAAGAGAUUUAGACGAUGAUGAUGAUGAUGAUGACUGUGUUGUGUUGACUGGGAAAAAGGCGGCUGAAAUGAAAAUCCAUCUUGAAAAGCCUAAAAAGCCAGCUCGGAGUCACAACACUGCAACACAUGCUUAUGAAGAGGAAGUGUCGGAGGAUGAAGGCUCCAUCACUUUCACUGGCCCCAAAUCUUCUUACACACUGCGUGGGAAGAUUGCAACAAUUUUAUAUCCACAUCAGAGGGAAGGGUUGAAGUGGCUCUGGUCAUUGCACAUCCAAGAGAAAGGUGGAAUACUUGGAGAUGAUAUGGGUUUGGGUAAAACUAUGCAGAUAUGUAGCUUCCUUGUCGGUUUGUUCCACUCGAAGUUGAUCAAACGUGCCCUGGUAGUGGCACCAAAAACCCUGCUGCCUCACUGGAUGAAAGAAUUAGCUACCGUGGGACUUUCACAAAUGACUAGGGAAUACUACGGCACUUCUGUAAAAGCCCGAGAGUAUGAUCUCAACCACAUUCUACAGGGCAAAGGUGUUCUUCUAACGACUUAUGAUAUCGUGCGGAACAAUACAAAGGCUUUGCAAGGUUAUCAACUGUAUACUGAUGAUGAUGACGAUGAUGACAUCAAAUGGGACUACAUGAUUCUGGACGAGGGACAUCUUAUCAAAAACCCCAGCACGCAAAGGGCGAAAAGUUUGCUUGAGAUUCCAAGUUCUCACCGUAUAAUUAUAAGUGGUACACCAAUCCAAAAUAAUUUAAAGGAACUGUGGGCUUUAUUCAAUUUCAGCUGCCCCGGGCUCCUUGGUGACAAGAAAUGGUUUAAGGACAAUUAUGAGCAUUACAUUCUUCGUGGAAAUGACAAAGAUGCCUCUGAUAGAGACAAGCGAAUAGGCUCAACAGUAGCAAAGAAAUUGAGGGAGCAUAUUCAACCUUUCUUCUUGCGGCGCCUUAAGAGUGAAGUCUUUGGUGAUGAUGCCACAACCUCCAAACUUUCAAAGAAGGACGAAAUUGUUGUAUGGCUACGGUUAACAGCUUGCCAGAGGCAAAUAUAUGAGGCUUUCUUAAACAGUGAAAUUGUUCUGUCAGCUUUUGAUGGUUCGCCUCUAGCAGCUCUUACGAUUUUGAAGAAAAUAUGUGAUCAUCCGCUUCUCUUGACUAAGAGGGCUGCUGAGGACGUCCUCGAAGGAAUGGAAUCAACAUUAACACAGGAAGAAGCAGGCGUGGCAGAGAGAUUGGCUAUGCAUAUUGCAGACAAUGUGGAUACAGAUGAUUUUCAGACCAAGAAUGACAGUAUCUCUUGCAAAUUGACAUUUAUCAUGUCACUACUGGAAAAUUUGAUUCCAGAAGGGCACCGUGUUCUAAUCUUCUCCCAGACACGCAAGAUGCUAAAUCUCAUUCAGGAUUCUCUUACUUCCAACGGUUAUAGUUUCUUGCGGAUUGAUGGUACAACAAAAGGCCUUGACAGAUUGAAGACUGUUGAAGAAUUUCAAAGUGGUCAUGUGGCGCCUAUAUUUCUUCUCACAUCUCAAGUAGGUGGUCUCGGCCUUACUUUGACAAAGGCGGACCGCGUGAUUGUGGUUGACCCGGCUUGGAAUCCAAGUACUGACAACCAGAGCGUUGAUCGAGCAUACAGAAUUGGGCAAACCAAGGAUGUCAUUGUGUAUAGGUUAAUGACCUCAGCAACUGUUGAAGAAAAGAUUUACCGAAAGCAGGUGUACAAGGGAGGCUUGUUUAAAACCGCGACUGAGCAAAAAGAACAAAUCCGCUAUUUCAGCCAACAGGACCUUCGAGAACUUUUCAGUCUUCCUAAGGGAGGAUUUGAUGUUUCACCUACACAACAGCAACUAUACGAAGAGCAUUACAACCAGAUCAAACUAGAUGAAACUCUGGAAUCACAUGUUAAGUUCCUAGAAACUCUGGGUAUAGCUGGAGUGAGUCAUCACAGCUUACUCUUCUCCAAGACUGCUCCUAUUCAACCUAUACAACAGGACGAAGUAGAAGAAAUAAGGAGAAGAACAACAUCAUUCGUGGGAGGUCCAUCAGCAAAAUCAGCAAGCUCUUCACAGGACAACAUGAUCAAUGGGGCUGUGUAUGCUUUCAAACCAAAGGACGUGAAUUUGGACAAGAGAAUCAACAUUUCUCCAAUCGAUGAGAGUGAAAGGUCGGAAAGCGAGAUUAAAGCAAGAAUCAGUAGGCUAUCUAUGCUAUUCCAGAACAAGAGUAUGGUCGCAAGUUUACCUGACAGAGGAGCAAAAAUACAGAAACAGAUUGCUGAAUUGACUCGAGAGCUCGAAGAAAUAAAGGCAGUGAAAAGCAACGAUAUGCCUCAUCAAGUUAUUGACUUGGAGGAUAUAAGCCAGAAGAUGCACAAAGGAUUGAAUCUGUAGGAGUAAGAUGAGAAAAAUGCGAUGACCAACGUACGCUUUAUUGCUAUUUUUUUGUUUCUCGCCAGAUCUUUGAUUGGUUGAGUUCAUGAGUUGACAAGUCAAUUACCAAAUGACUUGUUGCUCAAGCUAUAAACGGCUAUUGAUAUUUCUCCGGUGUAUUAAACCAGAUUUUUUUCUUUUCA